GGGAAAAAAGGAGAAGAAAUCUGUUAUUGCCAUUUCAGACUUUCCUUGUUUCUCUCUCUGUCAGAGAGAGAGAAAAUUAGGGUUUACACAAUGCACGGGUACACCUUCUUCCACAGAGCCUCUCGGGCUUUCCAUGACCAUCCUUCAAUCUCUAAACUUCUUGUUCUCUUCACAAUCAGUAGUGGAGGUCUAGUGGCCUUUUCUGAUGCCAAGCCUUCCCACAGUGUCUCUGCUGGUGCAUUCCAAGGUGAUUUCAAGAAGAAGAGGGUGGUAGUACUUGGAACUGGUUGGGCUGGCACAAGUUUUCUGAAAAGUUUGAAGAAUCCCUCGUAUGAUGUUCAGGUGGUGUCACCUCGUAAUUAUUUUGCGUUUACUCCUUUGUUACCAAGUGUUACAAAUGGCACAGUAGAAGCACGCAGCAUCGUUGAACCAAUUCGCAAUAUUGUCAAGAAGAAAGAUUUUGAUGUUCAAUUCAGAGAAGCUGAAUGUCUCAAAAUUGAUGCGGUAAACAAAAGGGUCUAUUGUCAAUCGACUCAAGAUACCAAUUUGGGUGGGAAAGAAGAAUUCUCCAUAGAAUAUGAUUACCUGGUGGUAGCCAUGGGAGCCCGUUCGAAUACAUUCAAUACUCCUGGUGUCGUUGAGAAUUGCCAUUUUUUGAAGGAAGUAGAAGAUGCUCAGAGGAUACGGAGGACAGUAAUUGACUGUUUCGAAAGGGCGAGCCUUCCAAGUGUGAGUGAAGAAGAGAGGAAAAGACUUCUGCAUUUUGUAGUUGUCGGUGGUGGUCCAACAGGUGUAGAAUUCGCAGCAGAGCUUCAUGACUUUGUUGUUGAAGAUAUAUCUCACUUAUAUCCUACUGUCAAGGACCAUGUGAAAAUAACACUUCUUGAGGCAGGCGAUCACAUAUUGAACAUGUUUGACAAAAGAAUAACUGCUUUUGCUGAAGAAAAAUUCCAAAGAGAUGGUAUUGAUUUGAAAACCGGGUCAAUGGUUGUAAAAGUUACUGAUAAUGAAAUUUCGACUAAACUAAUGAAAACUGGUGAAACUCAAUCUGUACCAUAUGGAAUGGUUGUCUGGUCAACUGGUAUUGGGACUCGCCCCAUCAUUAUGGAUUUUAUGAAUCAAAUUGGUCAGACUAAUAGGCGCGUUUUAGCUACUGAUGAAUGGCUGAGGGUGGAAGGAUGCGAUAGCAUAUAUGCUCUAGGUGAUUGUGCCACAAUAAAUCAACGAAAAAUCAUGGAAGACGUUGCAGCGAUAUUUAGCAAGGCUGACAAGAAUCAAUCUGGCACCUUAAAUGUGAAUGAUUUCAAAUAUGUGAUUAAUGAUGUCUGUGAAAGGUAUCCCCAAGUGGAGCUCUAUUUGAAAAAGAAGCAGUUAAAAAAUAUUGUUGAUUUACUGAAGAAUUCGAAUGGAAAUGCCCAAAACGAGUCCAUAAAACUAGACAUUGAAAGGUUCAAAUUAGCUCUUUCUGAAGUGGACUCCCAGAUGAAAAAUCUGCCUGCAACAGCACAGGUAGCAGCUCAACAAGGUUCUUACCUUGCCAACUGCUUUAAUCGCAUGGAAGAGUGUGAAAAUAAUCCUGAAGGUCCAUUAAGGUUCAGGGGAGCAGGACGCCAUCGGUUCCAUCCAUUUAGGUACAAGCAUUUCGGGCAAUUUGCUCCAUUGGGUGGAGAACAAACUGCAGCACAACUUCCUGGGGAUUGGAUUUCAAUUGGUCAUAGCACUCAGUGGCUCUGGUAUUCAGUGUAUGCUAGCAAACUUGUCAGCUGGCGCACAAGGAUGUUGGUGAUAUCUGACUGGGGAAGGCGAUUCGUUUUUGGAAGGGACUCGAGUCGAAUCUGAGACAUUACAUACUUCACCAGAAUUGCUUCCACUUCUGAUGAAUUCCACUAUAGACAAAGCAAAGCAACUUUUGUUCUCGAUUUAAGAUUAUGUUUUCACGGCUCUUUACCUUGAUAUCUUCAAUAUUUAAUCUCGGAAUUUUCAGAGAUAGGUUUGUGGUGCUUGUUUCCCAUAUGGGAUAUAGACAAGGAUAAUGAUGAUGAUGAUGAGUUUUUUUGUGGCUGUUUA